CAACCAAGUCCACACACUUUGCCUUCUAUAGUGUCUAAUUCACAGAACUAGCAAGAUUGUAAGACUAAGCACAAUGGCCUCCACUCAAUGUUUCUUGCACCACCAUGCUCUCACUACUCAAACUAGGACUUCAUCACUGCGCCAAGUAGUGAGCACUAAGCCAAACCAAAUAGUUUGCAGGGCACAGAAACAGAUAGUCCAAAAGGAUGAUGAUGUUGAUAUUAGCUUUGUCUCUCGUAGAUUAGCUCUUACAUUGCUCAUUGGUGCUGCUGCUGUUGGCUCUAAGGUGUCACCUGCUGAUGCAGCAUAUGGGGAAGCUGCUAAUGUGUUUGGAAAGCCAAAGACAAACACAGACUUCCUGCCAUACAAUGGGGAUGGAUUCAAACUGUCGAUUCCCUCAAAGUGGAAUCCAAGCAAAGAGGUUGAGUACCCAGGUCAGGUUCUUAGAUAUGAAGAUAACUUUGAUACAACUAGCAAUGUUUCUGUCAUGGUCACUGCAACUGAUAAGAAGUCCAUCACUGACUAUGGUUCACCCGAGGAGUUCCUUUCUAAGGUGGAUUAUUUGCUUGGAAAACAAGCCUUCUUUGGCCAAACUGAUUCUGAGGGUGGUUUCGAUUCGAAUGCUGUAGCAACAGCAAACAUCUUGGAGAUUUCAACACCUGUGAUUAAUGGGAAACAGUACUACAACUUGUCUGUGUUGACAAGGACUGCUGAUGGAGAUGAAGGUGGCAAGCACCAGCUAAUCACGGCAACUGUAAAAGAUGGCAAACUAUAUAUUUGCAAGGCUCAAGCUGGAGACAAGAGGUGGUUUAAGGGAGCAAGAAGAUUUGUGGAAAACACAGCAAGUUCUUUCAGUGUUGCCUAAGUGGAGGGUAAUUCUGUCUGUAAA